UUGGUACUAGCUAGCUUGGUGUGCUCCCCUGUUUCAUCUCUCUCUCACUCUGUCUCUCUCUCUCUCUGUCUCUCUCUCCAAUUAUUAUUAUUUUUUACUUCUCAAAGACCACUCCUUUUUAAAAAUCAGCUCUCUCUCAGCAGUAGAAAAACCCACCCUCAAGAUGCGCCUCUCUUUCUCUCUCAUCCAACUCUUUGAAGCUUCGUUUUGGUCUUCCUGCUCAUGAACUCAAUAUCUGGAGAUUGGUGGAGUGUCCAGAAUGGAUUUUGGGGGGAUGGGUUUGGGGGGUUUGGUGGGCCCUGAAGGUGGAGCAACAGGAGCAGCUCAUUCUCUGGCCUCAGACCCUGAGACCAAACCAAAGGGUCAUGCUCCAAAUGUUCCUCAUGGAUCUGGCUCUGUCAAGCAGCAAAGAUCUUGGCCUGCUGAAGAUGACUGGAGGACCUCAAAAAUGCCCAAAAAUGAUUACUUGCCUGCUCCCAAGACAAUGCCAUUACAAUAUCAGGGCACUCCUCUGCUGAGAUCUAAUUCUCUGCUUCCUGCUGAUACUCACAGACAGGAGCAGAUGCUCAGCUUUUCUAACAACAAAUCAGAAGUCACUUUUCUCAGCAAAGAUGGAAUGUUGGAGAGAACCAUCCAAGGCCCAGACUUUGCCUACUACCAGCGCACCCCAGCUCUCACUCCCUCUGCUUAUACUAGGAAUGCAGCAGCUUAUGGUUCUGGAAGCAUAAAUCCGAGCAUGCAUGGGCCUUUUGCUGGGGUUAGAGGACCAUUUACUCCGUCUCAGUGGAUUGAGCUAGAGCACCAGGCCUUGAUCUACAAGUACAUGACUUCAAAUGUGCCUGUGCCAUCUAAUUUACUGAUACCUCUCAAGAAAUCCCUCUAUCCUUAUGGCUUGUCGGGUUCUACAGGAAAUUUAGCUCCCAACUCAUUAGCGUGGGGCUCUUACCAUCUGGGAUUUUCUGGCAACACUGAUCCUGAACCUGGGAGGUGUCGUCGAACGGAUGGGAAGAAAUGGCGGUGCUCAAGAGAUGCUGUUGCAGACCAGAAGUAUUGUGAAAGGCACAUAAACAGGGGCCGCCAUCGUUCAAGAAAGCCUGUGGAAGGCCAGCCUGGCCAGGCCGCCUCUGGGACCAGUAAUUCAAAGGGGGUGCCCAUGACUUCGUCUACGCCAACGCCGGUGAUGCCAAGCACCGGCACAUCCAAUAAUGUCGCAACCAUGCAGAACCAGUUCAAAAGUUUGCAGCCUGCUGGUGCUGCCAAUCCUUCAGCAGAUGCCUUUGUCAACAGGAUGCAAGAUCCUCGGGGCCUUUCUGUGAUGUCUGCUUCUACCAUCAAGCCGAAAGCCAGUGAUUCGAGGUUUAACAUGCCGAAACAAGAAAUCCCAGUGGAAGAAUCUUCUCAAUCAGAGUUUGGACUUGUUUCUACUGAUUCACUUCUCAACCCUUCACAUAGGAACUCUUACAUUUCUAAAGACUUUGGUGGUUCUUUCCUAGAUUUCAGUGAUCAGGAAGCCCAAGACCAACAUCCGCUUCGGCAGUUCAUUGAUGAUUGGCCUAAGGACCAGUCCAGUCACUCGGUCAGUACUUGGCCUGAUGAAAUAAAAUCAGACUGGACUCAGCUCUCAAUGUCAAUCCCUAUGACAUCCUCGGAGUUCUCAUCGUCCUCUUCCUCACCCACGCAAGAGAAACGUGCACUCUCACCAUUGAGGCUAUCCAGAGAGUUUGAGCCAGCCCAAAUGAAUUUGGGAGCGAGCAAUGAGCUUAGUGAAUCAAGCCAGAAGACAAAUUGGAUACCUAUCUCUUAUGGAAAUUCAAUGGGGGGUCCUUUAGGAGAGGUCCUGACCAACACCACUAGCAGUGGCAAGAUGUGCAAUAACUCAGUAUCGCCGCUUAACCUCAUAAAUGAAGGGUGGGACGGCAGCCCUCAGUUGGGAUCCUCCCCAACCGGUGUCUUGCAGAAGUCAACUUUCUGUUCGCUUUCAAACAGUAGUUCAGGGAGCAGCCCAAGAGGUGAGAACAAGAAGAAUCUUGAUGGGGCAAGCAUAUAUGAUGAUGUGCUAGGUUCAACCUUUGCAAGUUCCUCAGUUCCAUCCCUGUAAAAUUGGCAAGCUCCAAACUGGAGGAGAGACUAGACAUGAACUUGGCAUAACCAUUUGUGAUCUUUUUUAAUUUCUCUCUUUUCUUGUUUCCUUAUCCUUUGUUCAUUUUCUUCUUCUUCUUCUUCCUGGGUUUACAAACUAGAGACAUGGUGAUCCUAAUUUGCAUAGGUGUUGGCCACUUUGGCUAGUGUGGAUUUGUGGGUAUCCAUAGUUCUUUCUUUAUGAAUUUUAUAAGUAAUUUAUGCUUUGUUAAUAUGUCA